ACAUGCUGUAGUAAAGGCCAGUAGAUCCUAUAUUUUCUUGGUGAUCGUAUCUCGUAUUUUGAAAUCUUUGGAAGUGUUUGUUUUGUGUACAUCCAGCGAGUUCUCGUGUUGAUUUUUUUAUGGAAAUACCAGGAAAUUACCCAAAUGACUGACAAGCUAGCACAUGUCCGAAAUGAAUGAUUUCAUCAAGAUGCCACCAACUAACCUUACUGGCUUUUAUCACCACCCCCUUGGUGAUUACUCCAUGAUGGGGGUACGUCCUCCUUACCCAGAAUGGCAAUACUCCCCAUUCUACCAGAACAAGAAUAUUACCCCUUCGGCCCGAAGGGAUUCCGGGAUACAUUCCAGUGAUGACCACAUCUCUUCCCCGGGCAGUGAAGAUUCCGAAAGAUACGUCAACCCUAGCGUGCUAAAUACCCCCAAAUCCCACUAUAGCGAAUAUCGAUCAACCCCCUAUCGGAAUCAAAACUCACGAUGUGUAUCGCCAUUUGAUCCAUCAACAUCACCAACCUAUCCCUCGCCAAUCAAAGAAGAAAUCCUCUCCGAAGAUGAGAAACCAGAUAUUACGACCUCCGAUCUAUCCAGCGACAGCAGUGCCCUCAAGUGCCUAGAGCAAUCAGUUGAGAACAGCCUGAACAUAUCUGCUCCUGGAUCUCCAACACAGAAUACCAGCUCAGAUGCUGCAAACGAAGACUGCACGCAAACUGAAGAUUACAGUGUGCCCAGCUUGAACUCCCAUGGAAAAAUCAAGACAGUGAAAUGCAAACAUUGCCAAGCCGUGUUCAAUACCAAGCUUGAAUUCUGGAACCACCAAAGAGAUCAUAUCAAGCCGGAUAGGAUCUUAGAAUGCGAUAAAUGCCCUUUUGUGACAGAAUACAAGCACCACAUGGAGUACCACCUGAGGAACCAUGGUGGCGAGAAACCUUACAAGUGCAAAAAAUGUGAUUACAGAUGCGUGAAUAAGUCGAUGCUGAAUUCUCACAUGAAGUCUCAUUCCAAUAUAUACCAGUACAGGUGUUCAAAUUGUCACUACUCCUCCAAGUACUGCCAUUCGCUCAAGAUUCACCUUAGGAAAUACCGUCACCAGCCAGCGAUGGUUCUGAACCCAGAUGGCACUCCUAAUCCGUUACCCAUCAUUGAUGUAUACGGCACUAGGAGAGGUCCUAAAGUGAAGAACAACGACGAGAACGUACCGGUACCUUCUCCAAAAAAAUCGAGGAUUGAAAAUACUCAGUCUCAAAUGCCUCAACAGUCUCAAAUGCCCCAACAGUCUCAAAUGCCCCAACAGUCUCAAAUGCCCCAACAGUCUCAAAUGCCCCAACAGUCCCAAAUGCCACCUGUUAAUCCUGCAAUGCAAGGGAUGAUGCCUUUUCCAAUGCUACCCCAAGAUCCCGAUCUUCAAUUCAAAUGGAUGUUGCAACAAGCCCUCUUCAUGCAAUCAAUUCAAAACAUGGUAAAUUUGGGUUAUCCAAAUCCUCUGGCUUCACUACCAUCCAGCACGCAACAAGAGCAGGAGAAGAGAGAGGAAAAUUCCGCCCUGGAUUUAUCCAGCACCUCUAACUCAGAUAAUUUCGGAAGAACUAACCUCAAAUUGGAUACUCCUUCUACUUCAGAUGAUGAAGAAGACGAAGAAGAGAACUUGAAACUUCUUUACAACGUUCAGGUGGAACAUAAUGUAGAUGAAUCUCCAAUCGAGCAGCAAAAACCUCCAACACCGCCAACACCUCCAGUAAUUGAACCUUUUGCAGCAGCAGCUGCAGGAGAACCAUGGCGAUGCCCACACUGUAGCAUUACUUUCGAUUGUGUCGCUCUCUACACUAUACACAUGAGGUUCCAUAACUAUUUGGAUCCGUUUACUUGCAACUCCUGUGGUGAACGAUGUGGUAACAAAAUCGAUUUCGCUCUGCACAUAUUUUCAAGACCACAUUAGAUAUUACUAGUCCUCUACAGCUAUAGUUUUCUUGUUUGUGGCCUGCUACCAGGCAAAAUUCACCAACUGAAGAUUCUGCAGGAAUUAUCUUAAUUUGAGCGACGAAAAUAUCAGAAUGAAUUUGUUGGUGAUUGUAAAUAGAAUGUUUUUGUGUAUAUUUUGUGAACUCUUAUGAUUAUUUCAAGAAAAACUUGUCUGAUUCUAGUCAAAGUAUAAUAUUUAUUUGGUUCUUAGUCAGUGUUGCGUGCAAUUUUUGGUGUACCAAACCAAGGUCCGGAUAUCAGCGGGUUUUAAACUAUCGCUGAAUUUUGAGACGAAUUUUCGUAUAAUAAUAAUAUCUAAUUGUAGAAUCUUUAUUGUAUGACAUGUGUUGUAAAUAAUAGAUAAGCAUCGACCAAAAAUUAAGACUGAUUAUGUAUAUAUAUAUUGUACAAAUUUUUUAGAAUUCCCUAGGAAGCAUUAUAUUUGUACAUAGAAACUUUUAUAUGGCUUUGAGCUAUCUAAUCAAAAUUGUAGAAUAGACCUAAAUUAUUGGAAAUAAUUGCAAAUACGAGGUUUUUUCAUUAAUAUGUUCAAAAUGAUUACCGUGUAUGAAAGAUUACUACAGGUAGAAAAUAAAACUGUAGAUUGUCUUUUAAAUAUAUUUAUUCAUUCUUUA